GUAAAUCGUCGUAAAUCGACGCUAUUGUCGCGCUGUCAUCGCUGCUACUUCAACAGUGCUGUAAACAUUUAUGAAUGAGAAACAGCGGUCUACGAUGGGUCCACUCUUCAACUAAAAUCAGUUUGGUUUCUCUGUAUUUUACCCAAACUGUUGACGUGAUCCGAAAGGACUGUUCAAAUCCAAGCUGGUCACAACACAUCCGAGGGAUGUGUACAGUCUGAUGAUGGGUUUCUGGCAGCCGAUUAACAACUUCAGAGAUUAUGUAUCCCAGAAUCCUCCCGGGGUGACAUUUUUCCUGUGUCUGUUGACUCUUGCUGUCACUUUCAUUUGCCUCAGCUCUUACAGCUACAAUCACACUGUGCCUAACCCUGACACAACAAAGGACUGGAACCACCUGCUGUCUUCCAUGACACAGUUCCAGCUUUGUGUGAAAGCCGAUGCAAGUUCAUCUGAGCUGGUCUCUCCAGCCAACUCUCCUCCAACAAAAAGAGACGCUUCAGUUCACCCUACUGAGACUCCGUAUGUCACCACUUUACAUCUUAAGGUCCCUCUGACUGUGACAUCAAACUCAAACAGUGAUUCUCUAAAAGAUCUGGCUCUUCACGCUGCCUUGAACAGCAGUCAGCUUCACCUUGGAGGUAAUGACAGUGUUAAUGUGACUCUAGAGGUUUUGUCUGGAAAUGACAACUACUCCUGCCUCACCAUAAGUGCUCCAACUCACCUCCUACCCAUGAGCCUACUUCCAUCGGAGUGCCCUGCAUCUGAGAAAAACCUUUCACCCAUCCAUGUAGAAGCAAACAAACAGCAACAUACAGAAACACAAACCUGCUACAGUUUACGCUCCAAGAGUGACCCUUCACUUACCAUCAUGUUAACGCAGGAGGAGCGGAGUGUCGCAGUGCGACAUCUGUUGGAAGUCAGUUUGUGUCUGCUUGGAGUUUGUACAAUUCUCUGUUUAGCAGCUAGUAUGACACAUUCACUGCGACGCCAUCAUUGGAAUGGACUUGAUCUUCAAAAUGAGCCCUUGAUUGACAGCUGAAUCCUGAAAAAAUCAUCUAUUGGAUGGGAGAGAAGAGCAAUGUGAAUACCAGUUUUAAGGAAGUAAUCCACAGAGUUUAUAAAGAUUGCUUCAUCAGGAGUAAAACUCAGUAUUUAAAUGAAGUUGUAUAACAUCUCUGAAGGGACCUCUCUGAAGUCAGAGAAUGAACCCCUGGUGCUAUCAUAGACUUUAUAUCAAUAAACCAGAUGGCACUGGUGAUGCAUGCUAAUCAAUUUAGGUUUGGAGGCUAAGUAACUAUUCAUCAAUUUUCAAACCUGGUUCAUUCAAAAGACUGAGAGGACAUUUCAGUACGUGCAGCAUAAUUUUUAAUGCAUAUUUACCAAAUGUCCUAACAUUUUGAUUGUGCAGAACUGAAUCUGUAUUACAUUCUUGUUAUAGGAAACUAAAGUCAAAAAUGAUUUUGACAGAGAAGAGCACAUUAUGUAAUGACUGGUAACGGAGGCAACCGUUCAACUGGUAAUGUCCACACCUUUGUGUGUUCAUUUCACUAUCCAGUCCAUUAUGGACAGUGCUUAUAAGUUUUAUAUGCAUUCCAGUCUAUUUUUCCAGUCAAAAAUCUGUAAUCUUAUAUUUUUAAACUGUGUCUUGCAUCGAUAAUUGUAACGCACGUUUUCCUUUAAGGAGACGUUUCUUGAUACAUUUUAAUGCACCAAAGAACUUUGGGUGUACAAGGCUAGUUGCCUCUUUAUUUACAUAUUUGACAUUGAAUACAGACCAUUUGUUAUGUACUAACUUACAAAAGACCACUAAACACUUUGCACAGUAAGGUGUGUGCAAGGAAAUUACCAGUGUUAUGAAGUUAAAUGUUUUCCAUACUCGAUGAGUAACUGAGUCUGUGUUGAAGUUGCCUGAAACAGGCUAUUUGCAGUAUUAAUUAAAGAAAAAUAAAUCCAACACUUUG